GCGCUCUGCGUGGCUCCGCCUCCUCCCAGCCGGCGGCUUUCCGCGCUCCGCAUCUCGCAUCUGUCAGUCGCUCCUUCGUCGCCGGCGGAACAAGAUGGCGGCUCGGACUAUGCAAGCUGCGAGAUGUCCCACGGACGAACUCUCCUUGAGCAACUGUGCGGUGGUCAACGAAAAGGACUUUCAGUCUGGCUUGCAUGUACUUGUGAGGACCUCCCCGAACCACAAAUACGUUUUUACGCUAAGAACUUACUCCUCCGUUGUCCCAGGGACCAUCGCCUUCAGUUUACCGCAGAGAAAAUGGGCUGGACUUUCUAUCGGGCAAGACAUCGAUGUUUCCGUGUAUAACUUUGAUAAGGCCAACCAGUGCGUCGGCACGAUGACUAUUGAGAUAGACUUCCUGCAGAAGAAGAGCGUCGACUCCAACCCGUAUGAUUCUGACAAAAUGGCAGCCGAGUUCAUCCAGCAGUUCAACAACCAGGCGUUCACAGUGGGGCAGCAGCUUGUGUUCAGCUUUAACGACAAGCUUUUUGGCCUCCUGGUCAAGAACAUUGAAGCAAUGGAUCCCAGCAUCCUGAAAGGAGAGCCUGCCACAGGGAAAAAACAGAAGAUCGAAGUUGGUCUUGUCGUUGGCAACAGCCAGGUUGCGUUUGAAAAGGCCGAGAGCUCCUCCCUCACUCUCAUUGGCAAAUCCAAAACUAGGGAAAAUCGCCAGUCGAUCAUCAACCCUGACUGGAACUUUGAGAAGAUGGGCAUUGGGGGUCUUGAUAAGGAGUUCUCUGACAUCUUCCGGCGGGCCUUUGCCUCUCGAGUGUUCCCACCUGAGAUUGUGGAGCAGAUGGGCUGCAAGCACGUCAAAGGCAUCCUGUUGUUUGGUCCCCCUGGCUGCGGAAAGACCCUUAUGGCCAGGCAGAUUGGCAAGAUGCUGAACGCCAGAGAGCCGAAAAUAGUGAACGGGCCGGAAAUCCUCAACAAAUACGUCGGGGAGUCGGAGGCCAACAUUCGCAAGCUCUUUGCAGAUGCAGAGGAAGAACAGAAGAGGCUUGGUGCAAACAGCGGCGUCCACAUCAUCAUCUUUGAUGAAAUUGAUGCCAUAUGCAAGCAACGUGGGAGCAUGGCGGGCAGCACCGGCGUCCACGACACGGUUGUGAACCAGCUGCUAUCAAAAAUCGAUGGGGUCGAGCAGCUAAACAACAUCUUGGUCAUUGGAAUGACCAACAGGCCGGACCUGAUUGAUGAGGCUCUCCUGCGACCUGGGCGACUGGAGGUGAAAAUGGAAAUUGGUUUGCCGGAUGAAAAGGGCCGGAUGCAGAUUCUUAACAUCCACACCUCAAGGAUGCGGACCCACCAGCUGUUGGCCCCAGACGUUGACAUUUCGGAGCUGGCUGUGGAAACCAAGAACUUCAGUGGCGCUGAGCUUGAGGGUCUGGUCCGCGCAGCACAAUCCACUGCUAUGAACAGACACAUUAAGGCCACCACCAAAGUGGAAGUUGACAUGGAGAAUGCAGAGUGCCUGCAGGUGACAAGGGUAGACUUCUUAACUUCUCUGGAGAAUGACAUCAAGCCGGCAUUUGGGACCAAUCAGGAGGAUUAUGCAAGCUACAUCAUGAAUGGUAUCGUGCAAUGGGGUGACCCUGUCACUCGGGUGAUGGAUGAUGGAGAGCUUCUUGUUCAGCAAGCCAAAAACAGUGACCGUACCCCGUUGGUCAGCGUCCUUUUGGAAGGUCCCCCACACAGCGGAAAGACUGCCUUGGCUGCAAAGAUUGCAGAAGAAUCUAACUUCCCAUUUAUCAAGAUCUGCUCUCCAGAUAAGAUGAUCGGCUUUUCAGAAACUGCCAAAUGCCACGCAAUUAAGAAGAUCUUUGAAGAUGCUUACAAGUCUCAGCUCAGCUGCGUUGUGGUGGACGACAUUGAAAGACUCCUAGAUUACGUUCCGAUUGGCCCACGGUUCUCCAACCUGGUGUUGCAGGCUCUUCUGGUGUUGCUGAAGAAAGUGCCGCCUCAUGGUCGUAAGAUCUUGAUCAUUGGGACCACCAGUCGCAAGGAUGUCCUACAGGAGAUGGAGAUGCUGGAUGCUUUCAGCACAACUAUCCAUGUUCCUAAUAUUGCUUCAGGAGACCAUCUCAUGGAAGCCCUCGAGCUCCUGGGCAGCUUUAAAGACAAGGAACGUUCCACCAUUGCCCAGAACGUCAAAGGGAGGAAGGUCUGGAUUGGCAUCAAGAAGCUUCUGAUGUUGAUUGAGAUGUCAAUGCAGAUGGAGCCCGAGUACCGUGUGCGAAAAUUCCUGGCACUUCUAAGAGAAGAAGGAGCCUUCGAGGAUUAAUGCCUGAUGCCCAGCCAUCUAUGUGACUCCGCAUGCGCUUCCCAUCUCUGGAUGCCCAGCUGUGUGUGCCACUCAUCAUCCCUUCCCCCAAGAUAUGCCCGCCCCUUGUGGAACCGGUUGCCCUCUUUUUCUUUGCAGUAGCCCGCUGGACUAAGAGUGAAGACCGGAGCCUUGGGCAGAAGCCGGUGGCUGGGGAAGAAGCCAAGGAAGAGCCCACCCCGGCCAGGACCUCCUCCUUCUCCUCCUCCUCUUCCGUGUGGUGUGUCUGGACAAGAGCCUAACGUUCGGCCUCCCCUCAUCCCUCCUCUUUGCAUGUCGGAUGCAGCCGAACACUCCACCCUUUGUUAUCUAUUGUCCUCAAUAUCCUGGUGUCUCGUGGCAAAUCAAAACACUCUUAUCUAGAGUAACUGCUUUCGUAUUAUGCUGCCUGCCGCACCUGCUCACUUGGUUUUGGCGCACAGGGGGAGGAAAAUAAACGUGCCCCAUGCAGACCUGUCCAUGUUAAUGCGCAAGCUGGUGGUAGCCCCAAAGGCCCCAAACACAGGGAAGUCCUCCUCAUUCCAGACCCGUGUAUGGCCCUUCUUAAAGCUGGUGGUACCCCAAGUUCCCCCUUUCUCCCACACAUGCACACAAGCGGUUUGGUCCUUGUGGGCCAAUACCGCACUGUGGAGCUUCAGACUCGUCCCACGGCAAAACGGUGAAUGAAGUGUUCAUCACAAGACCAGGAUCCAGAGAGAGUUUUCUUCUUGGAUUUUAGGAAAGAGGGACAGUGGUGGCUGCACCCUUCAGAGGCUCGACAACAUUAGCAGUGGCUCCGGCUAGUUAAUUCCCAGUGGCCAUUGCCCACUGGGCGUGGCAGAACCCAGCCGGACUUCAGUGUAUUAAGGCAGGAGUAGACAGCGCAGGGCUACCCUGAUUCUAUUGGACUUCAGCUCCCAUCACCCCUGACCAUUGAUCAUGCCGGCUGGGGCUGAUGGCAGUUGUAGUCCCCCUGCAUGGGCUGUCCCUUCACUAAUGGUUUCCUAUAAAACAGGCGUGGUCCCACCCAUAGAUGUAGACAGCUGCAAAAGUUUGAAAACAGCCUGCAGCUUUCUGUUGCAGUGCCCUUCCUCGCUGGAGUCUUGGCCCUUGUGAUGACCCACAGAUCUAUCGCAGGAGGUCUGAUGUGCACUUUCUUCCAUAUGUGGUUGCAUUCUGCAGCUUUCUGUUGCAGUGCCCUUCCUCGCUGGAGUCUGGCCCCUUGUGAUGACCCACAGAUCUAUCGCAGGAGGUCUGAUGUGCAUUUUCUUCCGUACGUGGUUGCCAUAGGCAUGAGCUCAUAGUGAUCUUCCUAGGUAACAAUCAGACACCUUGGUCUCUGCUCUCAGCUUCUCGCUUUUCAGAGUAGUUGCAUCACAAGGGCGGAAAGCUAUUAUGCUUCUUCCAGAGAGGCUUCCUUUGCUGUAGUGAACUGCAAGAGUGAACCAAUAGUCCCAUUUGCUCUUGGGAAACCACCAAGCAGCUGGCCCCGAGCAGCGUCGCGCUUGUUUACGUUAGAGCCAGAUGAGCUGUUCCACCUAUCGCCACCGCCUGGCUGCGUUUUAUUGCAGAACUUGCCACCUGGAUCCUGCCCGUUCCAUUGAGAAGUUUCCCCAUUGUAUCGGCAGCAAUUGCCCAGCUGGUUUGGGAGUGAGGAAACUACCCGAGAGGGGUGAAUAGUGCUGAGUUCUGCUAAGCCCAUAGGGACAGGAGGGUAAGGAACUAAUUACGGAGGUUCUGCUUCCUCUGAAUCGGCUCUUAACACUGCUCCGUAGAAAUACAGGUGGUUUAAUGGCCCUGAAUAAUCUUCCUCCACCUCAUCCGCAAUGCAAGUGAGUGGCUGGACCGAUCUGCCAUCUUGCUGGAAACGCCCCCCCCCCCCUAUAUAUCACUGAUGGGGUCCUCAUUCCCCGCCUCUCCCAAGUUGCUACAAUCAGGCAGAUGAAAAUGACACUUGACUCCCUUCCACCCUGUGCAGCAAAAGGAAAACAGUUGUGUUAGAAGUUGCUGCAGUGUACUUGAAUCACAAUGGAUGCAUUUAUUAUAACGUGGGUUAGCAGCUUUAUCCUCUUUUUUUAGUUUCUUCUUUCCCCCCUGUUAUUAGUGUUGAGGAUUAUGUGAAUCCCUGGUGGAGCUGUAAAAUCCCCUCUUCAGUUGUGCGAUUGCUCUGUUUCCAGCUGCACUUUUGCCUCUACCCCUCCCCCCCGGCCCAAAUCUCAACAACCUUCUCCUCUCUCCACCUUCUUUCAUCUUCCAGUGAAAGGGAAACACACAUGUUGUAUUUAACGUAACGUCUUGGAACCAAAUGAUGUAAAACAUUUUUAUUGUGGGGUUUUUUUCUUCUUUUUUUGUCCAAAGCUAUAUUCAGAGAGAGAGAAAAAAUACAAAUAUAUAUGUAUAUAUCGAUUGAUUGUAUGUUUAAAAUGCAGGUGAACUGAUGCAAUAAAAAGGCACAGAUACUCA